AACUCAAAAACUGGGACCCUGGAAAAGGCCCGUGGCAUACUUUUCAAAAAAAUUAGACAGCGUGGCUGCAGGAUGGCCCCCAUGUCUCCGAAUAAUAGCGGCUGUGGCAGUCCUGGUAAAAGACUCAGACAAGUUGACUUUUGGCCAACCCCUCACUGUGGUGGCCCCCCACGCCAUAGAGACAGUCAUCCGCCAGCCCCCUGAUCGAUGGCUCUCAAACGCCCGGGUCACCCAUUAUCAGGCCAUGUUACUGAAUUCUGAGCGGAUACAGUUUGGAACGGCUACAUCUCUAAACCCGGCCACCUUGCUUCCAGAAACCGAGUCCCCCUCCCUAGUAAUGCAUGAUUGUCACCAGAUCCUAGCUGAAGUCCAUGGCACCAGAGGGGACUUGACAGACCAGCCUUUGCCAGAUGCUGAAGCAACCUGGUACACCGAUGGGAGUAGCUUUCUACGAAAUGGUAACCGAUGCUUGUGUACCUUGUGCUAAGGUAAAUACCAAACACCUCAAGAUGCCUGAGGGAACCAGGAUGAGGGGAGAAAGACCCGGAACUAAUUGGGAAGUAGACUUCACUGAAAUCAAGCCAGGUAAAUAUGGUAACAAGUACCUCCUAGUGUUUAUAGAUACCUUUUCAGGCUGGACAGAAGCUUUCCCCACCAAGCGAGAAACCGCCCAGGUGGUUGUCAAGAAAAUCCUGGAAGAAAUUUUCCCGCGGUUUGGACUGCCCAAGGUAAUAGGGUCGGACAAUGGCCCCGCCUUCGUCUCCCAGGUAAGUCAGUUGGUGGCCAGAUUACUGGGGAUAAAUUGGAAAUUACAUUGUGCAUACAGACCCCAGAGCUCAGGUCAGGUAGAAAGAAUGAAUAGAACAAUUAAAGAGACCCUAACUAAAUUGACAUUGGAGACUGGCACUAGAGACUGGGUCCAACUCCUCCCUAUGGUUCUGUUCCGAGUCCGGAACACUCCCGCGCGCCAUGGGCUAACUCCUUACGAGAUUCUCUAUGGAGGUCCCCCACCAGUAACGGACUUACUAGACUCUGCUAUUGACCCUCUUGCUAACACUCCCGGUUUACAGGACAGGCUAAAGGCGCUCCAGAUUAUCCAGCACCAGAUCUGGAAACCCCUUGCGGCUGUCUACCGCCCCGGAGACACAACCGGCCCACACCCGUUCCAGAUCGGGGACUCCGUCUACGUCAGGAGACAUCAGUCCAGGACGCUUGAGCCCCGCUGGAAGGGCCCAUAUACUGUACUACUGACCACCCCAACCGCCUUAAAGGUAGACGGCAUUGCUGCUUGGGUCCACGCCUCACACGUCAAGCGCGCCCCAUCAACGAGCACCGCUGACGCCAGCCAGGACGGACCGGACGAGCCGCUCCAAUGGAAGCUCCACCGCACCCAAAACCCGCUCAAGAUAAGACUUUCAAAAAUUGUUCAAUGACAGUUGUAAUAUUCCUACCUCUCCUAGCGCUCUUCACCUCCGCCAGAGGUGACCCUCAUGCCCUCAAAAGGUUAACCUGGCAGGUACUAACGUCUGGGGGUGACGAGGUCUGGUCUAUAACUAAGACCGCCCCCGUGGGAACCUGGUGGCCUGACCUAUAUCCUGACCUUUGCAAGCUAACCAUAGGGGCCCCUAGCCCAUGGGACCUAGAGGGAUACUUCGACACCUCUAGAGCCCCUAACCAAGAAAGCCCUCCAGGGCGACUGGGAUUAGACCCAUGGGGAGGAUGUGGCACGCCUGACAGAAGGGCCAUGCUAAGCACUCUUCCCUUUUAUGUCUGUCCCGGGAACCACAGAGAUCGCAGGCUAAAUCCCACCUGUGGAGGAGGGGAAUAUUUUUAUUGUAAAAAUUGGGGUUGUGAAACUACGGGGGAUACAGAAUGGAGGCCCUCCUCCUCCUGGGAUUAUAUCACUGUCAAGGCUAACUAUACUCAUCCGACAUUUAGCAAAUGGAAAACCCUUAAUUAUGGGCCCUGCCAAGGGUGGUGUCAUCCCCUACGGAUAUCCUUCACGGAGCCCGGAAAAAGGGCUACUUACUGGGCCAAUGGAUAUACGUGGGGACUCAGGUUAUACAAAGAAAGAACAGAUGAUGGUUUUAUAUUCAGAAUUAAACUAAAAAUAGAAUCCCCAGACCCCGUGGCGAUCGGGCCUAACGCGGUCCUCGGGGAACAAAGAGCUGCCCCGGCCCUAGCCGCAGGGAGUGCCGCACCCACUAACUUCGCGGUCACUCCAACCCCUGGGUCGUCACCCGAGACGGGACAACGACUGUUUAAUCUUAUCAUAGGGGCAUUCCUGGCCCUUAAUCGAACCAGCCCCGAUGUAACUAAAUCCUGCUGGCUCUGCCUUGCUUCCCCUCCCCCUUAUUAUGAGGGAAUUGCUACUUCAGGGACCUAUAAUAACAUCACUAGCACUCAGGGAUGCACACCCGACUCCCAACCACAAUUCACCCUUACAGAAGUUACAGGACAGGGAACCUGCAUAGGAACACCCCCCGGGGCUACCAGAGACUCUGUAACACUACCACCCCGAUUUUGGGGACUGAUUCUUACCUGGAGCCCCAGCCGGGAACUUGGUGGGCAUGCAACAAAGGCCUCACCCCCUGUGUGUCGGCUAAGGUUCUAAAUAGCUCAAAUGACUUCUGUGUCAUGGUGCAGAUCAUACCCAGGGUGUUCUAUCACCCUGCUGAAACUCUAGAAAAUCAGUAUGAUAAACCUCCCACCCGUUUUCGGCGCGAACCUGUCUCCCUAACCUUAGCCGUUAUGUUGGGACUAGGGGUCGCUGCUGGGGUGGGUACUGGCGCAGCUGCUCUGAUCCAGGACUCACAACAUUAUAUUGAACUCCAAACAGCUGUAGAUGAGGAUCUACGGACACUAGAGCAGUCCGUUUCUAAGCUAGAACAGUCCCUCACCUCACUUUCAGAAGUAGUACUUCAAAACAGGAGAGGCUUGGAUUUACUAUUCCUGAAAGAGGGAGGACUGUGUGCGGCCCUGGGAGAGGAAUGCUGUUUCUAUGCAGACCAUUCUGGAGUCAUCAGAGACUCCAUGGCCAAACUCAGGGAAAGGUUAAAUAAAAGACAAAGGGACCGGGAGGCCCAGCAGGGCUGGUUUGAAAGCUGGUUUAACCAGUCUCCCUGGUUGACCACCCUAAUCUCUACCAUUAUGGGCCCUCUAGUUAUCCUGCUCCUGCUGCUAACUUUCGGCCCUUGCGUCCUCAACCAGCUGCUCCAGUUCAUCCGAGAAAGAUUGUCUAUUACCCAAGCUCUGGUAUUAACUCAGCAAUGUCGGGCCCUCCAAACUGAAAAAAUAAAUGUUCCCUAAGAUUUUAAGGUUAAAAUCAGCCCAAACAAGAGGAGGGAAUGAAGAAACCUCCCCCCUUGUAAGUAGGGCCAGCCCUAAUCCAGAGGCAGCCCAUCCAGUCUUCUUCCUGAAAUUUUAGCAACUAAAAGCAUUCUGUUUACAAUAAGAAAACCGUUCCCCCCCCACACACCCUGACUGGAAUGUCCCUGAAUAGGUUCAUGUUGACCCUCCCCGAAAUCAACCUGGAUGCUACGAGACUCCCGCGGUUCUUUUGUCUUUAGGCAGUUUCUUUCCUUUUGCCUUUUAAAAGAUACCUGUAACUGCUAAUCGGGGCUCUUUUCCUCCUCGGAGGCGGAGAGCCCGUUUGCGCAAACGUUCAAUAAACCCUCUUGCUAAUUGCAUCUGCCUGUCUGGGGUCUGGGUCUCU